AUGAUCUCCUCAAGCCCAAUAGCGCGUCUGGUCUCCGUCCCUAACGCGACCAGACUCUUCCACGCCUUGCCCAAGCGAGCAUUCGCCUCCACCCCCGCCAGCAGCAGCGCAAGACUCUCGGAGUUCUUCACCCACAACGCCAACAAACUGCGUGCAUCCACACCGCUCUCUCCUGGACAACCAACCGCAGGAUUGUCUCCUUUGCCGCUGUCGUCCUUCUCGUCAAGACUCUUCUCAUCCUCCUCCUCGGCUGCCAGACCCAAUAUCCCUGGCUCAUCCUCUUCCACACCCUUCACCAAAGCUGCCUCCUCUGCUUCGCCAUUCCAGGCUCAGGUCAUCAGGGGAUUCUCCCGAAGAGCCUGGCGCGCCGAGCAAGAACCCAUUCGCGAGGCCGCCCGCGACUUUUGGCACCGGGGCUGGCGUGGUGACGCCACAAAGUUCGAUCGCAACGAACUUCACAAACAUUUUCAUGACAGCUGGGGUCGACAUGGUGCCUUCCGCGGCUAUCAUCAUCAUAACCAUUUCAUGCGCCGCCGCCGACCCAUGCGUUCCAUGUUCCGAUUGAUGUUUCUCUCGACUGUCCUAGUUGCAGCACCCGCUGUCAUCUUCCUUGACGCACCAUGGAACACAUUGGCUUAUGUUCCCCUAACGGUCUUUGGUGUUGGUGCCACCCUCAUGGUGAUGGGCCGUCUUAUGUUCAUUGCCUUGCCUAUCCUGACCAUUGGUGGUGCAGCCUUGAUCUUUGUGGGAGUCGUGCCCGCUGUUAAUGUGAUGAAGGACCUUAAGAAGGUUCUCAAGCGUGAUGAAAACGCUAACCGAUACACGACUGCCUUGAGUACCUUGGGGCCUAAUUGGGAAGUCCAGAGAGCUCAGCCUGAUGAAUGGUUCCGAUGGACGUUCCCCAAGAGCGGUGACAAGGAACAGCUGGACAAGAUCGAUGUUCGCUUCGUCGUGUUUGACCCCAAGGGAAAGGGUGGACUCAAGAAGGUCACUCAGGCAUGCUUUGAUGGCAAAGACAUGGUCAAGCCCCGCAAAGACUACCUGGAGAACCUGAAGAUUGACCGCGAGGGCAAUCACGUUGUGGUGCACAUGGAGGGCGAUGGUGAAAAGAUGAUGCGCGAGAAGGCCGCCAAGAAAUACCUGGCCAUCGGACGGGUCGUCGAUAGAGCCGCCAAGGAAAUGGAGGCCGCACAACCUGGCCUGAACCUUGGCGACCAAGUCGUCCUGGUUUACAAGUACAAGGACGAUGCUGAGUCGUCCUUCAGCCGUAUGUUCCACCGUGGAGAACUAUCAGUCCGUAUUCCAUUCAGCCGCACCUGGAUCAACGAUUUGAGCAGCCUGUAA